AUGGAAGAGGUAAAACGGCGGCAGUUCGAGGAUCCCAAUUUGUUACAGUACAAAAAUGUGGCUUUUAACAAAGAAAGGACUCAGUUCAAAAUUUUGUCUGAUGGGGUAUUAUUAUGUGAAGGCAGGAUAUGUGUACCUGACGUUGCAGGGCUGCGGCAGCAAAUUAUGGCCCAUUUUCUUCCUGUUCGGACUACGUAUUCGGCUGGGGAUUAUGCUAGAUUAUAUAUUAAGGAGAUAGUAAGGCUCCAUGGAGUUCCUGUAUCUAUUAUAACUGACAGAGGUGCCCAAUUUACGGUUAACUUCUGGAGAUCGUUCCAGGAAGGAUUAGGGACUCAGAUGGCUCCGUAUGAAGCCCUAUAUGGUAGGAAGUGCAGAUCCCCGAUUGGUUGGUUUGAUGUGGGCGAGACUAAAUUAAUUGGGCCAGAUGUGGUACAGCAAGCAGUUGAUAAGGUAAAGCUUAUUCGGGAGCGAUUAUUGGCUACCCAGAGUCGACAAAAAUUAUAUGCAGAUAAGCAACGUCAACCACUAGAGUUUCAGAUUGGCGAUUGGGUAUUUCUGAAGGUGUCUCCCAUGAAGGGUGUGAUGAGGUUUGGCAAAAAGGGUAAGCUUAGUCCGCGGUAUAUCGGACCUUAUCAGAUCACCCGGAGGAUAGGCGAAGUCGCCUAUGAGCUAGACUUACUGUCCGAUCUGGAGGCAGUGCACCCGGUAUUUCAUGUAUCUAUGCUUCAUAAAUGUGUUGGUGAUCCUUCCAGAAUAUUUCCUAUAGAAGAUGUACAGAUAACGGAAGAGCUAUCUUAUGAAGAACAUCACGUAGUCAUUUUAGAUCGGCAGGUGAGAAGAUUGCGCACCAAGGAUGUACCCUCUGUCAAGGUUCUAUGGAGGAACAAUAACCGAGAGGAAAUGACCUGGGAGGCUGAAAGCGAGAUGAAGAAGAAAUAUCUGUACCUGUUUCCUAUGCCGUCAGGUAACUUAAAUUUCUUAAUUAAUUACAUUAAUUAG